UACCCACUUCUUUGUCGUAGACGAUUCUAAUAAACAUAAUUAUAUUUUGGAUAGGCAUUAAAUAAAAUUUAAGAAUCUGUAUAGUUUUUUAGUAUGAAAUGAUUGAUACUGUGAAUUCUGUUUUAAUUAAGUAGCCGAAAAACAUUAUCAAUUAAUUGACUGCGUGGUAAAUAGUUGUCAGAUAAACUCGCCGAAUCAUGGGGAUUUUAGAGAAAAUAUCAGAAAUUGAGAAAGAAAUCGCGAGAACACAGAAAAAUAAAGCGACUGAAUAUCACUUGGGUCUCUUAAAAGCCAAAUUAGCAAAAUAUAGAUCACAGUUGCUGGAACCUUCAAAAAAAGGUGGAGACAAAGGUGAAGGUUUCGAUGUACUAAAGUCUGGUGAUGCUCGAGUUGCUUUGAUAGGCUUUCCUUCUGUGGGUAAGUCGACCCUUUUAUCGACCCUCACUCACACACAUUCAGAAGCAGCAAGUUAUGAAUUCACAACGCUGACAUGUAUACCUGGAGUUAUAGAAUAUCGCGGUGCCAACAUACAAUUGUUAGAUUUGCCUGGAAUUAUUGAAGGUGCUGCUCAGGGCAAAGGUAGAGGAAGACAGGUUAUAGCCGUAGCACGUACUGCAGACUUGGUAUUAAUGAUGCUGGAUGCUACAAAACCAUAUGUGCACAGACAACUUCUAGAAAAAGAAUUAGAGAGUGUCGGCAUCCGUCUGAACAAACCUAAACCUAAUAUUUAUUUUAAGGUGAAAAAAGGUGGUGGCUUAUCAUUUAACUCAACUUGUCAACUAACUAAAAUUGAUGAGAAAAUGGUGCAAAUGAUCUUACAUGAAUACAAGAUAUUUAAUGCUGAGGUUCUGUUCCGUGAAGACUGCACACCGGACGAGCUCAUAGAUGUUAUACUCGCGAACAGAGUGUACCUGCCCUGCCUUUACGUCUACAACAAGAUAGAUCAGAUCUCCAUCCAGGAAGUCGACAGGAUAGCGAGACAACCGCAUUCUGUAGUCGUUAGUUGUAAUAUGAAACUAAAUUUGGAUUAUCUGCUAGAGAUACUCUGGGAAUAUCUGUCUCUUAUCAGGGUAUAUACCAAAAAGCCUGGACAGCCCCCAGAUUUUGAUGAUGGACUUAUCCUGAGAAAGGGUGUGACUGUAGAGCACGUCUGCCACUCCAUCCACCGGACCCUGGCCGCCCAGCUGAAGUACGCGCUGGUGUGGGGCACCAGCACCAAGUACUCGCCGCAGCGCGUCGGCAUCAACCACACCGUCAACGAUGAAGAUGUCGUCCAACUUAUCAAGAAAUAACCUCACGCGUGUUGUAUUGUUCACCCACGAUCCUAUUAAUUUCAUGUUGACAACCAUUUUAAACCUUACAUCGUUCAAUUUUAAUAAGCAACUGCCAUUAAUAAAAACACUGUUGAAAGUUAUGUUAGUUAAAUUAAAAUUAUCAUUAAAUCAGUACUGUUGUGAAAAAUUUAUUAUAAUACAGUAAAAGGACACUAG